GACUGGAGGGCGGUCGGCCCUCGUCGGGUUGGCCCGCACCGCUCCCGCCCCCCGCCUACUGCGCAUGCUCGUCCCCCCCGCCCGCUAUUCCAGCCAAUCACUCGAUUCGGAACCGCAGGCGCGGAAGUCCAAUAGGAACCCGGACGUCCUUCGAAAGAGGAAGAGACGGCAGGAAGGCGGCCCCGGUGGGCGGGUCCUGUGGGCUUGAGCCAGUCCCUGCUGAGCCUCAGGUGUGAGUGGCAGCCGCGUGGACGAAUGACAGCCUCCCCAGCUGAGCGCAGCGCUGGCACGCCUUCUCCCCGCCCCUGCUCUUCGGCGCGACCCUGGCGCUGGACCCUGGAUGAUUGGCAGGCGUGUCGGCCAACGGUGAUGAGGAGAUCCUGAAGUCUGCCCAACGACCGUGGGCAGAAGGCGGGCCUGCUUUGUUGGGGCGUGAGCGUGUGUGUUCCGUGUGUGAGCGUCUAUGUGUGUGCGCCUGGGGAUACUGAGGGGUACGUGGGGGCGAAGCAGAACCGGCCAUGGCAGCAGCGGAGGAAGAGGACGGGGGCCCCGAAGGGCCAAACCGCGAGCGGGGCGGGGCGGGCGCGACCUUCGAAUGUAAUAUAUGUCUGGAGACGGCUCGCGAAGCUGUGGUCAGCGUGUGUGGCCACCUGUAUUGUUGGCCCUGUCUUCAUCAGUGGCUGGAGACGCGGCCAGACCGCCAGGAGUGCCCAGUGUGUAAAGCCGGCAUCAGCCGGGAGAAGGUCGUCCCUCUCUAUGGGCGAGGGAGCCAGAAGCCCCAGGACCCCAGGCUGAAAACUCCACCCCGCCCUCAGGGCCAGCGACCCGCUCCAGAGAGCAGAGGGGGGUUCCAGCCAUUCGGUGACACCGGGGGCUUUCACUUCUCGUUUGGUGUUGGUGCUUUCCCCUUUGGCUUUUUCACCACCGUGUUCAAUACCCAUGAUCCUUUCCGGAGGGGAGCAGGUGUGGAUCUGGGACAGGGUCACCCGGCCUCCAGCUGGCAAGAUUCCCUCUUCCUGUUUGUCGCCAUCUUCUUCUUUUUCUGGCUGCUCAGUAUUUGAGCUGUGUCCCACCUGCCCACCUCUAGCUAGAGGAGAAUCAGUAUUGGGGGUCCCUGCUGGCCCUUCCUUGCUUUUGGACCACCCCCUCACUUCCAUGACCCGUCUCUGUUUGCGGAGGCCUCCUUCAGGAGGGCCUGGGGAGGAGUGACCAGUCUGCUCCAGACGGGAGUCUCUGCUGCUGUGUCCUGCCGGCCCAGGAGCACAGUCUCUCCUGCCCCAAGGUGGGCAGCCUACGGACAGAGUGCAGGUCUGCGCUCUCCAGGCCUCACUCUCUCCCGGCUUUCUUGAUUUGAUGCUUAGAGGUGGGCUCUCCCCAAUCCCUCCAGCUGUUGAUUUAAUUUAAUUUUUCUCUCCCCACUGUCUUGAGCUCUGACCCAGACGCCUGUCUCCUUUCCAUCCCUCGAUACCUCCUUUAUUACAGAUUCAAAUAAUAAUAAUGAUAAUAAUAAUAAUAAAAAGACAUGAAAUGUA